UUUUGCGAAUUUUAACAACUUAUUAAAACUGUUUUUCAAUACAAAUUAAAGAUAUAUAUAGAAUAACUAUGCACUUACGAUCAACAGUAACUAUUUAGCAGUACUGAUAUUGAAUAAAUAAAGUUAAAAGCGGAUUCUCAAUAUUUGUUUAAAUCAAAUAACCUGGAAAUAUGUUAAGACUACAAAUUUUAAAAAAUAGGAUAGCUAUAUCUUCUCAAAGGCGGUUGAAAUCUUCAAGCAGCUUUAUUAGAAAUACAUUCAUAAAGUACUUUAAAGACAAUCAUGAACAUAAACAUAUUAAAUCUAGUUCUGUUGUGGCGCUCUGUGAUCCCACUGUACCAUUCGUGAACGCUGGCAUGAAUCAGUUUAAAGGUGUGUUCUUAGGAGUUGUUGAUGCUUCAUGUCCCCGUGCUGUUAAUUCACAAAAGUGUAUUCGUGUUGGAGGUAAACAUAAUGACCUCGACUUAGUUGGCAUUGAUGGCCAUCACCACACCUUUUUUGAGAUGCUCGGCAAUUGGUCUUUUGGUGAUUAUUAUAAGAAAGAAGCUUGCCAAAUGGCCUGGAACCUUCUAUUGGGUCCGUACAAAAUGAAACCUGAAAAUUUAUUGGUUACAUAUUUUUCUGGUGAUGCCAUAAUAGGCCUGGAGGAGGAUCGAGAGUGUAGAGAUAUUUGGAAAGGGAUUGGCGUACCUUCAAGUCACAUCAAAGGUCAUGGAGCUAGGGAUAACUUCUGGGAGAUGGGACCGACAGGACCGUGCGGACCUUGUACUGAGAUACACUACAUACACCCAGAUGGGUCGUUAACGGAAAUAUGGAACAUUGUGUUCAUUCAGUGCAAUAGAGAAGCAGAUGGCUCAGUGAGUGCCCUCAGGCGCCAGCAUGUGGAUACUGGUAUGGGGUUAGAGCGCAUGACCGCCUUGCUGCAAGGUGUACCCUCUAACUACGACACGGAUCUCUUCCGACCGCUCAUCUCUGCCAUUGAAAGGAAUAGUAAAGGCGCGGCGAAGUAUACCGCGAGCUACAACGCCGACGCUAAGCUGGACCAAGCGUACAGACGGCUGUCGGACCACGCUCGGAUGGUAAGCGUGUGUCUCGCCGACGGCGUGUUCCCUUCAUCUAGCGUCAACUUAAAGCAAAUCAUGCGCAAGUCUUUCAAAAUAAGCUCAGAGGUCUUCCAAAACUCCGACCUCCUCUCCGUCCUCUAUGAUGAAAUGAUCACCACAUUGGGAGACACGUACCCCGAACUCGCGUCCAAAGAGAAAGACGCGAAGCUAAUAAUCGACCACGAGAAAGAAAGUUACAUACAAUUAAAGGCUUCGUUGGCGAAGAAAUGGCGGGAUCUCGUAAAAACACACCCUGAGGUUGAAGAAUUGAAUGAUGUUGACCUGGCAGGUUUUGCCUUAGGAUACAAGGAAUUCAAAGAGUCAAUGUCAAAAAUAAAAUCGACCGUAAUUCCAGGGGAGGUAGUAUUUAAAUUAUACGACACACACGGGUUCCAAGAAGACAUCAUCGAGAGGAUAGCGAAAUUGAACAAUUUGGAAAUAGAUAAGAAGGGUUUCUGGAAACUUCUAUCGAAUCACAAAGCAAGACAUAAAACUGCGUUCAAAGAACAAACAACCAAUAAGGGUAUCAUGUUCGAUAAAGCAAUACAAGUUUUAAAUGAAAAUGGAAUUAAGAAAACUAACGAUCAACCAAAGUAUGAUUUUAACGAAAUAGACGAUGAGAUAACAUUCGAUCCUCUUAAAUCGAAAAUAGUUGCAAUACUGAACGAGGAUGGCGAAUGGCUGGACUUCUCAGAACCAUGCGAAAGUAAACCCUAUUACAUAGUGACGGAAAGCACAAAUUUCUUCUGCGAGGAGGGCGGUCAAAUAGCCGACGAUGGUUUUAUAGAUUUCAAUGAAAACGUGCAUUUCAAAGUGGACAGUGUUUUUAAAAUUCGUGACAUCGUUUUCCAUAAAGGUCACUUCGCUUUGAACAAAGACAGCGAUGUGUACGUGAAGAGAGGUCAUUAUGUGAUGUUAAAAAUAAACGGUGAUAGGAGAAGGGAUAUUAUGGUGAACCACACGGCGAUACAUUUGUUGAACGCAGCGAUUAGGAAAGUGCUACCAAAUAGUGUGAUAUGCCAGACGGGGUCGAAUGUUACCGACAAGUGGUUCACUUUAAACUUGUCGGUUUAUGGUGAGAAGUUGUCGCAGAAGGUCGUUUUGGAAGCUCAGGAAUUAAUAAGACAGACGAUAGAAUCCAAUGCCUUAGUGCAAACUCAAGUUAUAGAUAGUACCCAGUUGUCAUCAGAGCCCGGCGUGCUCACAGUCCCCGGGGAGACUUACCCUGAAGUGGGCCUUCGCUUAGUGACAUGUAUGCCUCCUUUAGUUUCCAAGGAGCUGUGCUGCGGCACGCACGUGCGCGGCGCGCGGGCCGUGCGCGGCGUGCGCGUGUGCGGCGCGCGCGGCGCGGGCGGGCGCGCGCCCGGCCUGCGCGCGCUCGCCGGCCGCGCCGCGCUGCAGGCGCAAGAACUCUUCUGCCGAGCACAGAAGCUGGCCGAAGUGAUAGACCUGGCCGACCCCGAGCGUGUGAAGGGGGAGAUUUCGGCGAUAAAGAGGGAGUUAUCGGAGCUCUGUGGGUCGGGCGGGGCACCUUACGGCGACUACGCAGACUGCCUGCAACUACUCGAACGCUUACAAAAGAGAGCUACUAAUAAGAACGACGUAGCGUUACAAGCAAUCGCCCAAGCGGAAGUUGAGGAAGCUUGUCAAGAGGCGAUCCGCGAAGGUCGUCGCUUCACCGUGCAUUUUUUGCGCUGUUCCUACCUCAUGCAAAGCGAUGCCGUCAGGGCGACCCUUGAGACUGGAAACCAGAACUUGCCCACGUUACUGUUAGGUUGCGCUGGAGGAGUCGUGGUGGCCACUGCUCGAGUGCCUAAGGAAAUGACGACGUCAACGUUCACAGCAGGGAAGUGGUUAUCUUGCGUUCUGCCGAUAUUCAAAGCUACCAUCCUGCCGGCAACGAACGACCGAUCUUUGCGAACACACGCAGAAAUGAGUGCAACUAAGGUAAGUUUAAUAAACUGCGAGCAGAUGGUCCAGGAUUCUAUGCGGGUUGCAAUUAAAUAUGCGCAGUCGCAUAUCAAAGAUCUCAACAGUACAGAUAUGGGGGACAAAGAACAAACCACGCAGAAUAGGCAACAUAACUAGGAUGUAUGCUUGUGUGUUACAAAUUGUUUAGGAACACGGUCUUAUUACUUGAAUCAAUGAAGAUUAAGUAAAAAAAAUCUUAAAUUUAUGAUUACAUUUAUUAGAUAAUCGAGGAUUUUAAUGUUAUCUCGAUAGGAUAGAAGGUUUUUGUUAUACACAAAAAUCUUAAGUUUUUUAAAUGAUUAUAAAGUAAUUUAUUGAUUUUUCCACUGCUGAGCAAUUGCUAAUAUAAAUGGAGGUAUAUAUAUAUAUAAUAAUUAUAUAUACAUAUUUAUGUAUAGUCUAUAUUAGUUUUAAUUAGCAAUCAUGCAAAUUGUGUUUAAUUUAUAAAUAAAUCGGUGCUGUUGUUAUUUAAAUAGAAUAAUUAUAAAUCGUAGAAAUUUUAUCUGUAGUAACAUUGAUUUUCGUUUUUUUUUUGUAUUUGAAACAAAACAAGGCAGAUGGGCAAAUUAUACGCCAUACACUAGAAAAAUGGACAGUAAAGUUUAAUAUAUUGUCUAGAAUUACACUUAUGGACUUUAAAGGGUCAGUGGACUCUUCAAAUCAUUGAGUUGUUUGUCUGAUACAGAUUAUAAUAAAAUAUUAAUAAAUAUGUCAAUUUACAAGUUAGACUAUUAUUUGAAAUGCUCAAAUAUAAUUUUUGUUUGAAAUAUCUGUCAAAAAUAAGAACAUAAAAUUCUUGAAUGAAAUAUUUUUAUUCAUUCAUCCUCCU